CUUCUGUCAUCCCCCCCUUUUUUUUUUCUUCUCUCUUUUCCUUCCGUGCUCUCCCUGUUGUUUUACCCCCCUCCCGUCCUCAAAUCUUCCUGUGCGAGAUGGCCGCCGUGGCAGCGCCCACCCCGAAGCUGGAUCGCUACAUCGUCAUCCACGUUGCGACCACCUGCGACGAACAUGGCGUCUAUGUCACCAAGGAUUCCGCCGAGGUCAUUGAGCUGGGAUGGAUACUGUUGGACACGCAGUCGUGCGAGGAGUUGCACCGGGAGAGUGUCCUCGUCAAGCCGGUCAACACGCCCAUCACGCCAUUGUGCACAAGCCUGACUACUCUCACCUGGGAACACGUCCGCUCCGCCGGGACCUUCCGCGACGCCGUCAACCGCUUCGACGCCUUUGCCCAGGAACACUUGGUGUCGAAACAGCUCGAGUUUGCCUUUGUCACCCUCGACUCGUGGGACCUGCGCGUCCAGCUGCCCCGUGAGGCCCGCGACAAGGCCGUCGUGUUGCCCCCGUACCUGCAGCACUCGCGCACCUUUGACCUGCGCACCGAGUACCAGCGCUGGCAGACCCAUCACCCAGAGUCGCUGCCCUUUGGACCCUCCUCGCUCGCCAACAUCUGCGCCGCCCUCGAGGUCGAGCCCGUCCAGUCCUCCGCCCCCAUCAAGCACAACCUGCCCUUCCAUCUGCAGGCUCUCGCCCCGGCCUCCCCGCGCCGCGCCAUGGAGGAGACCGUCACCCUCGCCCGCGUCCUCCAGGGCCUCAUCCGCAAGUCACAGCCCCCGCACGAGCACCCGGAGAUCCUCACCCGCCCCAUGGAUGCCCGCGCCGACGUCCGCGCCUUCCUCGCAGAGCGCUCCAAGGUCCUUCACCUCUCCGGCUUGCCCCACGACACCACCCAGUCCGAGCUCGAGUCCUGGUUCACCCAGUUCGGUGGUCGUCCCAUCGCCUUCUGGACUCUGCGCACCCCGGACCAGCACAAACCUACCGGCACCGGCUUUGCCGUUUUUUCGUCCCAUGAAGAGGCCGCCGAGAGUCUCUGCAUGAAUGGCCGCGCCCUGAAUGAAAAGGCUAUCGAGGUCUCUCCCUCUUCCAGCCGCGUCCUCGACCGCGCCGCCGAGAUCCUUACCCCCUUCCCCCCCUCCAAGAAUCGCCCUCGUCCCGGUGACUGGACCUGCCCCUCUUGCGGCUUCUCCAACUUCCAGCGCCGCACCGCCUGUUUCCGCUGCUCCUUCCCCGCCAUGGCCGCCGCCGCUCCCGAUCCCAUGGGCUACGGAGCCUACGGCUACGUCGCCCCCUCCAUGGUGCCCCCGCACAUGGGCGGUGGUGGCCACGGCGGCCACUCUAUGGGCCACGGCGGUCGCGGCAUGGGCGGUAACGGUGGUGUCGUCCCCUUCCGCGCCGGGGACUGGAAGUGCGGCUCCGAGGGCUGCGGCUACCACAAUUUCGCCAAGAACAUCAACUGUCUGCGCUGUGGCGCCCCGCGUUCUGGCGCCGCCGUCAUCGCUGACUCUUCCGCCUUUCCCUCCCCGAUGGAUCCCCCCCCUCCGACGGGCUUCGGUAUGGGUCCCAACUCCAUGACCAGCACUCCGGGCCCCGGUCCCUUUGCUUCCACCGCCGGUGGCUUUGGUGCCGCCGCCGCCGCCGGCGCCGCGGCCUUUGGCGCCCAACAGUUUGCUGGCGGCGGCCCGCCCCAUCAUCACCACCCUCCCAACACCUACGGUGCUCUGCCCUCCGCCCUCGGCGGAAGCGGUGUUCCCAGCCCGGCCUACCCGCCCUCCAUGGGACAGAUGUCGGCCACCACCGGUGGUUACGGUUCCUCCGGUGCCUCGCACUCCGCCGCCGCCUUUGCCAACCCGGCGGCCCAGGCGGCCUUCAGCGGCGCCGACCAUGCGGUCUCCCCCGCUGGCCCCAACGGCACCUUUUACGGCUCCGAUGCCACCAACGAUCCCUUUGCCUUCCUCUCUAGCGGUCUUGGCGGCCUGACCGUCUCCGAUGACGCCCACUCUCACGCUCACGCUCACGCUCACGCCCACGCCCGCCGCAAUGGAGCCAACGCUAACAAGUCUCCCGCUUAGACCCUCUGUACGA